ACUCAGGACCCCACGACUACAUCCGGGUCAUCUAGUUUCACGUGUUCGGCUGUUAGCGUCAAGAGCAGCUCUUUGUUUCGAAUGAGGAGAUGGCGCUGAUGGGGGUCCAGCUGGUAGUCAGCUUGCUGGCUGCCAGCAUCAUGCAGAGGAUGGCUCCACACUGCUCCUUUGCACGCUGGCUCCUCUGCAAUGGCAGUUUGUACAGAUUCAAACACCCUUCUGAGGGAGAGCUGUGUGCRUUGGCAGGCAAGCAGAUGCCCAAACAAAACAGGAAAGACAGAAGACAGAAUGGGGAGAACAAGCCUCUAACUGUGCCCAGAGACAUCGACCUUCACUUGGAGAAAACUCCAGUCAAUGUGAUGGAUGCUCUUGUGCUGCGUUUUUUUCUGGAGUACCAGUGGCUGGUGGAUUUUGCAGUUUAUGCGAUGGGUGUCUUCCUGUUUACUGAGUGUUACUACAGUGUGGUAGAUGCCAGCAAAGAGGUCAAUAUUGGAGCCAUUUGGUGUGUCCUGACUGUUCUUUUUGGUCUAAAGAUGCUCCACACUUUGAUGAGCCACUACUUCCGCUCCGAGGAGGGCGGCGAGCGCUCGGUGUGCCUUGCCUUYGGCUUCCUGUCCCUGCUGGUGGCUAUGCUGGUUCUGGUGGUCCGGGAGGACUACCUGGAGUUCGGCCUAGAACCUGGUUUUUCCAGCCUGUUUGACAACUUGGAAAUCUUUGCCAAACAGCAGGGAUAUGCAGACUGGUCAAUCCCUGUAACAAAGCUGACGGUGAAGCUCAGUCUGGCUGCUGUCUGUGCGUACGUCGGAGCCCUCCUGGCCUUCCCAGGACUGCGCUUGGCUCAGACUCAUCUAGACGCCGUGCAGAUGAACUCCGAUCGACCGCUCAUCCAGAUUUUGCUGCACAUGAGUUUCUUAUCUCCAGUCGUUGUGUUGGUUCUCUGGGUGAAGCCCAUCGCAAGGGACUUCCUGGACAAAGCGCCCAUGGGGAAGACUUCAGUCACCCU